AUGGAAGGAAAUGCUAUACCUCUUUUGAACAACAUAUCGGUAGAGUAUGUGACGGACAUCUGGUAUUGGCAUGAAAGGAUUAUCCAAGUUGAAAGUUACAUAAAUGAUAUCAACCAACCAGAUGGCCAAGCAAUAACAGAAGCUUACAGUGGUUCUGGAGACAUACCUGAUUAUCUUAACUCAAACGAGAGUAUCCUGUUUAGAAAUUUCAAUAAUAGCACAACUGCUGCCUCCAGCAUUGUUUUUGCCGAGUUUGUAGCAUCGAAGGAUCUGGUCUUCUCCAAAUUAGCAAAGUAUUUAAUCAACAGCUUCGUUGCCAUUAUUUGCAUUUUGGGGCUUUUGGGCAAUGGGUAUGUCAUCUGGCUUCUUGGAUUCCAAUUUAAGAGGAAUCUUUUCACCACCUAUGUUCUGAACCUUUCCAUUGCUGACUUUGCUGUCCUUUUAUCUCUAAUCAGUACUGCUGCAUUUGCUUCUGCCCUUCAUGUGACGAGUGAAUCUCACAUUCUCAACAGCGUUUUUCUAUUCUUUUUUGAACUCUUUUGCUUCACAUAUUCUACCAGUCAGUAUCUACUGGCAGCUAUCAGCAUUGACAGGUGUGUAGUUGUCCUCUUCCCACUUUGGCAUCGACUCGACCGGGGACCAAACUCAUCCGCCAUCAUAUGUGCUGUAAUAUGGAUCCUCUCCUUCCUGCUUUCUGCAAUCCAUUUCGCUCUCCGCAUGACUGGCAGAUUUGGGGCAUCCCUUUUACACUACCAGCUGCUUGUAAAUGCUCUGCUUUGUACGCCUCUGAUGUUCAUCUCUUCUCUGAUCCUGCUCAUCAAAGUCUGCUGUAAAGCACAACAAUGCCAGCAAGGAAAACUCAUCAUGGCUAUCUUGCUUGCCCUCCUCUUCUUUCUCAUCUUUGCUUUCCCACUGAAUGCAGUCUAUGUAAUCUAUUGCUAUUAUUUCCCCCACCUUCACAGUCUCAUGCUCAUCGGCUUUGGGUGUUCUUCUGUAAACAGCAGCAUCAACCCAAUCAUUUAUUUUUUAGUUGGGAGGAGAGGGCAGAAGGGUCCUUCCAGGGUAUCCAUGAGAGCUGCAAUCUCAAGGGUGUUUAAGGAUGUGGGAGACUGUACAGAAGACAAGAAAUCCAGAACAGAGAGCAAAGUUAUGAUUUGACUGCCUACGAGUGGCGUCUUAGCAGGAUUCCUACU